GAAAGGAUACUAGUAUCUUCUCGCACACGAUACAGGGUCUGACCCUCAGCAGAGUAUUUUACUCCUUGGAACGCUAUCUUGCGGGGAGCACAAGGUUAUCUCUCGCCUCCGGUCUGCUCACCUGCUAUGCUGCUGAAAUCUGAAUGCUGUCCGUCCGACGGAGGCGCCGAUCUUACGAAGGACGCUUCUCCCAUCUUCAAAUACCCCGCCACGACGCGUCGCGUUGGUGCAGUGCUGCUACAAACCUGACAACCACCUCGUGUAGACGUUCCACAUGGACCCCGACGCCGAGGUCACGUUCGAGUUCGUGCCGGUGAUCCGGCAGUACAAGAGCGGCCGCGUCGAGCGCCUGCUCCCUACAAACCGUGUCCCGCCCUCCGUCGACGCCACCACCGGCGUCGCCUCCAAGGACGUCGGCAUAGACCCGGCCACGGGCCUCUGGGCACGCCUCUACCUCCCUGACCUCUCCGAGUGCCCCGGUGGCGCGGACAGGCGGCUCCCCGUCGUCCUGUACUUCCACGGCGGGGGCUUCGUCGUCGGUUCGGCCGCGGACGCCCCCGAUCACGCCUUCCUCAACCGCCUAGCCGCGCGGGCCGGCGCUCUCGCCGUGUCCGUGGAGUACCGCCUCGCGCCGGAGCACCCCAUCCCCGCCUGCUACGACGACGCGUGGACCGCGCUCCGGUGGGCAGCGGAUGCAGCGGAUGCGGACCCGUGGGUCCGGGACCACGGCGACGUGGGGCGCGUGUUCGUGCUGGGGUUUAGCGUGGGCGGCAACAUCGCCCACAACGUCACUCUCCGCGCCGGCUCGGAGCCGGCUGAGCUCCCCGGCGGCGGGCGGGUGAAGGGGAUGGCGCUGCUGCACCCGUGCUUCCUGUCGGGAAACAAGAAAGAAGGCGAGGUGAAGCUCGCGUGGGUGCGAGCUAAGCUGGAGGAGAUGUGGGCGUUCGCGUGCGGCGGGCGGACCCCUGGCACCGACGACCCGCGCGUGAACCCACUCGCCGACGGCGCGCCGAGCCUGAGGCGACUCGGGUGCGAGCAGGUCCUGGUCUGCGUCGCAGACGACGAGCUGGAGGUCAGGGGCAAGGCGUACUACCAGGGGCUGCUGGCGAGCGGGUGGGCGAAGGAGGACGCCGAGCUACUGGACUCCGCCGGCGAGGAGCACGAGUUCCACCUCCGGGAGCCCGAGAGCGCCAAGGCGUUGCUUCUCGUGGACCGCUUGGUGGCGCUCAUCCGCGGGAACCCGUAGAACCGCAAGGCGCAGGCCACGGCCGGUGGUAUGCUGCGGUGCUGGUGCUGCCGUGUUGCAGAUGCAGCUGAGUAAGGAGACAACUUGGUUGCAUCUCGAAAUCUCCAUUUUCGAUAUUAAAUAGAGAGAAUCUUUACAGUACACCGUGAUACUAGAUUAUGAAGAGUAUUAUUGUUAUGAUUCAACCGUCUAUUUUAGUAGGUAUUAUUGUAAUUAUCUUGAUACCUUUAAGGGUAAUUACGUCAUUGACUGACCGGACUUCGGACUUUUGUCACCCAUCAUCGAUCGAUCGACGGAGGGUGAAAACCCUAAUAAAUGAAAUGAACAGAAUAAGUGAAAGCUUAUCCGAAAAAUAAACUAACAUUUUGAUCUUCCCUAAUUAAACAUAUAAUUUACAAAUUUAUCAUAGUUUUUUUUCCAAUCCUACCCUUAUGAUACCUAUGAUACUCUUUAAUGAUACCUAUGAUACU